AUGUCAAGCAUAACAACAGUGAUCAGACACUCCAGUUUUUGGAAUGAACAGAAUUGCUUUGUUAAUUACAAACUUGACGCAGUUGUCUUCAAAGAUUAUUGUUCAUACGGUGAUUUGGUUGAAACUAUAGCAAUUCAGUUAGGUGUUGAUAUUAGCAGGAAAACGAUAUCAAUAAAAUAUGUUGUUGAAGGAGACAAUAUGCCAAUGGAAAUACGCAACAAUAUGGGAGUAAGGGUGUAUGUUGAGCUUAAGAGAGAAAACAGGGAAUUUGAAGCAUAUCUGUUGUGCGUUGGCAUAACUGAUAAUGAUCUUGAGAAUUUUGUGUCCGGCGAAUCUGCAGUUGGAGACGAUAUGUUUCAACUUGAAUUUAAUGAUUAUAUGUAUGCUAUGGACGUAGUUGAUACAAAUGAUUUGGAUGCGUCGGAUUGUGCUAAAGUUGUUGUUUUAUUUGAAAACAACGAUGACUUGAUAAAUUCGAACAAGGAACAUAAGGAUGUUUUUGUUGAUCAAAUCUACAAAGAUAAGGACACUUUGAAGAAUGUUAUGGCGAGUUAUGCAAUUCGCAAAAGCUUCAAUUUCAGGACAGAGAGGUCGAAUGCCAUAAGUUACACUCUGGUAUGCUGUUCAACUGAUUGUCAUUGGAAAUUCAGAGCUUCAAGUAUUGCGAACUCUGAAAUGUUCAGAGUGAGAUCUUUUCAUGACGAACAUACGUGUCCAUUGAAGGAUAAAGUAUAUUCCCAAAGGCAAGCAACAAGUUUGUUUAUUGGGGCGUCAGUUGUUAAGCCAAAAAUAGCAAAUCACAAGAGGAAAUAUACACCUGGUGAUAUAGUAGACGACGUAAAAAAUGAGUAUGGUGUUGAUGUUUCUUAUAUGACGGCCUGGAGGGAUAGAGAAAAGGCAAUGAAUGAAUUAAGAGGGGAACCAAUAGAAUCAUACAAGAAGUUACCGGGAUAUGUGUACAUAUUGGAUAAAACAUACCCUGGAUCACAUGUGAGAAUGCACAAAUCACAACAAAACGAGUUCUUGUAUUUGUUUAUAGCACUUAAAGCGUUCAUAAAAGGCUUCGAGUGUUGUAGACCAAUAGUUGUAGUAGAUGGUUCCCACCUUAAAACUACAUAUAAAGGUACUUUUGUAUCAGCCAACACGUUGGAUGGUGCAGGUAAUAUUCUACCAUUGGCAUAUGGUGUGAUAGAUUCAGAGAACGAUAAGUCUUGGACCUGA